AUGCGCAAAGCAGCAUUCUUGGGCCUCGUGCCCGCCGUUAUGGCCAUCCCUGCCGCUGUUCCUGGUGCUGCACCUACAGUCUAUCUUAGAGCUGCCGCUCCUGUUGCCCAGCCUACUGAGAUUGCGGAUCUCGAAAGACGCGACAUCAUUAAUGAUGUUGAAACUUAUGUCGGCGGUAUUGCCAGCGGUAUCGAGACUAAGGUCAAGGGAUGGGUUAAUUCCGGCAUCCUCGACUUUCCAACGGGUUUUCCUACCGGCGACGAUGUUAAAAAGUCCGCCGGCGUCGACAACGAUGAGUUGAAAUCGGAGCCUACGCAGGUGCUGAAUAUUCCUCCAUAUGGUAAUUGGACUAGCAAGGGAUGGAACGUUCGAGUACACGGCAACGUCUACAAGAUUCCCGAUCUGAGCCAAGAAAAGGUGGAUGACCUCGCCAAUGUCUUCCUUAUCGACACAGAAGUCAAGGAUCUUUCCAAAUCCCAGCAAGCCCAGGCUCGAAAUGUGACCAAAUCGAUAUUCGUUGUGCAGCAGGACGACGUGGAGGUCAAGAUGAACUUUGUGAACAACGUCGACAUUUCUCCAGACCAGAACGGUGGUGCCAUCGACGCUAGAGGAGGCGCGCAAAACAUCACCAUGCCAUACAACACCACACUGGAAGGUGACUUUGAUGCUUUCGUCACGCUCAAGAACACCUCUGGUUCCGACAAUGGCUAUCUGAUUCCUGGCAACGAGACUUCAAAGAUCCAGACCCUUAACCUCUAUGCUGAAGGAAAGAACAACAGCGGCAACGCGACCGCCUACCUUGUUCCUCCCAAGGGCAUUACUAUUGUGUCAGAUAUCGAUGAUAUCUUGCGAGUAACAAAGAUUUACGAGCCAAAGGAGGGUCUGCUCAACACCUUUGCUCAUCCCUUCACGCCAUGGAUGAACAUGCCCAAAAUCUAUGCGAACUGGUCGACUUCAGUGAACGACCUGCACUUCCACUACCUCACGACCACCCCCGAGCAGGUCACACGAAACUACAUGAGCUUUAUCUACAACACAUACCCUCUCGGCUCAUUCGAUACUCGUCCUCUCAACUUCUCUGAUGUUUCAGCAACGCUAUCCAUCCGUCGCUUUUUGCUUGACAAGGUCUUCCAGACCUUCCCAGACCGCAAAUUCAUCCUCGUCGCCGAUACAUCCAACUCCGACGUGAUGAAGGACUACCCAGCUCUGUACAAGGACUACCCUGGUCAAGUGCAGUGCAUACUUCUGCGCAACACGAGCUCGACAGACAGCGGAGACAAAUUCCCCUACAACACCAAGGGGUUCAAGGACAUUCCUCAAAAGAAUUACAUGUUCUUUCACGUGCCUGAUGAUCUGACCAACUUGGAUAUUGCCAACGGAGGAUGUUACAACAGUACGAUCAAACAAAACGUCACUUUCGACUACCAGGGACUGCCCUUUGGCUUGAGCGAUGAUGAUAAUGCGGCUUCGGGCGGUGUUAGUCCUCAGUUGGGAAUGGUCCUUGCAGGACUGGUGGCUGCUGGCUUGGCGAUGAUGCUUUAA